GGUCGUCGCUGCUGUGGAGCUGCACUGAGAGGGUUUUUACUACUUGUGUCCGUUGAGAUGGAAAAUGUGAAAUCGGGGACAUUUUGGUGCUGAAGAAGAAGGCAGGGUUUGUUGAGCUGUUUCAUGUUUUAAAUUCUCCCGGGAUUGAAGGACCACGAUGGGGGUGUUUAUGUGCUGACGUGCCGUGAGAUGGCCCCGGAUGUCGCUGGCGGAGCAGAUGAGAAAUAUUAAAGAGGACUUGGUUUCCUUUUAGCUUCGGCUGCAGGUUGUAGUGUAAACAGCGUCCAUAUGUCACGGUGAAGCAUGGACGGGUGGAGCCCAAUCGUAGCAACCACCUCGGAUACGGAACGAUCCAGCUCCGAGGGGGAGUACAUGGUGGAGCCAUCACCCGGAGAGGAGACGCGGGAGGCGGCGGCGGACAGAGCAGGGCAGCGGGGUGACGCGGAGGGUGCGAUGGAGGACGCGGGUUCGGCUGCGGUCGGGUUCGGGAUCAGUGGGACCGGGGAGGGUAAGGUGGUGUUGGGUCGGUUCGGACAGAGAGACGAUAAAGAGCUCAGGUACCUGCACCUGCUGUGGGAGCCCGGACGAGCCGAGCUGACCCCCGGGGGAGCGACGGGCAAGCCGGGGAAGAUGACAGGUAGCCGGGCCAAGAGGCAUCACAGGACGGUGCGGAACCUCGGUCCUCUCGGGCAAGAUGUUUACGCGGUGAAAAGACUGAGGGAGGCGGCGAACAGCAACGACAUCGACACAGUUCGAAAGCUCCUGCAGGAUGACAUCAACCCCUGUGCUGCAGACGACAAGGGAAGGACGGCGCUGCAUUUCUCUUCCUGCAACGGCAACGAGGGCAUCGUGCAAUUGUUACUGAGUCACGGCGCUGACCCCAACCAGCGAGACAGUCUGGGAAAUACCCCCCUCCAUCUGGCGGCCUGCACCAACCACGUGCCUGUAAUCACCACGCUGCUGAGAGGAGGAGCUCGUGUGGACGCCCUGGACCGAGCAGGAAGGACCCCGAUGCAUCUCGCUCGCUCUAAGCUCAACAUCCUGCAGGAGGGAGACUCGCGCAGCUUAGAGACGCUGAGAGGAGAAGUCACACAGAUUAUUCAAAUGCUGAGGGAAUAUCUGAACUCGAUGGGGCAGAGCGAAGCUAAAGAGCGACUGGAGCACAUUUCCACACAGCUGCUGCACACACGCACCAAAGAGCAGGUGGAUGAGGUGACCGAUUUGUUGGCGAGUUUCACGUCGCUCAGUCUACAGAAACAGAAUCUGGGUGACAGGUAGAAGUUAACGUGUUUAGAGAGCUGAAGAGCAGAAACUGCAGCGCUAGCCUCGACCCAGAUCAGCAAUAUGACAAUAAUAUGAAGGUGAAUAUCGAUCUGCAGUAGCAUGAGACGGUCACAUUUCAAAACCUCGUCGUGUGUGUGUGUGUGUGUGUGUGUGUGUGUGUGUGUGUGUGUGUGUGUGUGUGUGUGUGUGUGUGUGUGUGUGU